AUGCACUUCUCCGCCCCCGUUGCUAUCCUGGCUAUCGCCGCUGGCGUCCAGGCCACUUCCAACAAGCAGGCCGAGCCUCCCAUCCACAAGAAGGAGGGCUCUAUCUCUGCCGCCGCCACCGGUGUCCAGACUGGUACCCACCCAAUCCAGACUGGUAAUGUCCACUCCAGCAACAACGGCACCGUUGUGACCUCCACCGCUGCCUCCUCGACUGUCCCCGCCACCCACCCCACCAGCUCCGGCAACGUUGUCGGCGGCGGUGGUAAUGUCGGAGGUGGCUCUGGCUCUAGCUCCGGCUCUAGCUCCGGCUCUGGCGCUGGCUCCUCCGGCGCUGGCCACACCCCUGCCUCUCCCAGCUCCACCGGCUUCACUCCCUCCAACCCCGGUGCUAAGGUCUCCGUCCCCAUGGCCGGUGCUGCCCUGGGCUCUGUUGCCUACGGUCUGGCUCUGCUCGCAUAA